AUGCUCCGCUACAACCCCGACGACGUCGCCUCCGACAAGCUCGUCCACCUCGACACCAUCUCCGGCAAGUCCCUCACCUACGGCGGCCUCCGCAAGCGCGCUGCCCACUGCGCCUGGGGCCUGCGCAACAAGCUCGGCCUGCAGGUCCAGCAGAUCAUGCUCGUCUUUGCGCCCAAUUGCACGGAUUUCGUGCUCCUCGCGCACGCCAUCUGGUGGAGCGGCGCGGUUCUGUCGCCGUUGAACACCGCGUCGACGGUGAAGGAUAUCGAGCAUGUUUUGAACCUGGUAGGGCCAACGCAUAUUGCGGUGGCGCCGCCGUUUGUAGAGAAGGUGAUAGAGGCGAUUCGGGGAUCGAAGCUAGCGGGGUCGAGGGCGCCGACGCUGUGCACCUUAUUGGAACGACAUGGAGAUCUGCCUCUGUUUCCAGAAGAUGUCGAAGGCACUUCGAGUGCGGAGAGUCUACCGCCGUGGGAUCUGGACGGCAUGUCCUCCAAGGAGGCGGUCAGCAGUGUGUGUUUUUCUUCCGGUACGACCGGACUGAUCAAAGGAGUGAAAUUAUCACACUACAGCCAGAUCAUGAACAUGAUCCAACUGCGCGUCUCCAUGCCCACGCGAAUCCACUCCGGCAUGCGCGAAGUCUUCUUCCCUCCUUUCGGCCACAUCUACGGCGUCGCCAUCAUCAUGCUCACCGGCAUGUGGGUCGGUGCGUUCUUCUGCACCAUGCCAUCCUUCGACCUCCCCACCUACUGCGCCCUCAUGCAACGCCACCGCGCCACCGACAUGCACAUCGUCCCACCCGUCGCCCUCCUCCUCACCACCUCCCCGAUCGCACAGUCCCACGACCUCUCCUCCGUCCGCAACAUCAUGGUCACCGCCGCCCCGCUCAAACCGGCCCUGCAGACGAAACUCCUCACCCGCUUCCCUGACGCCGAUAUCUACCAGGGCUACGGCAUGACGGAGACCUGCCCGGCGCUGACCUCGCAGCAUCAUCUCACGGCGACGAAUAUCGGCAGCGUGGGGAAGCUGGUCACAAUGACGGAGGCACGGCUGGUGGAUCCGAGCACGGGAGUGGACGUGCGGGAUGGCGAGGAGGGGGAGAUGUGGGUGAAAGGUCCGCAGGUGAUGAUGGGGUACAUCAACGACGCGGCAGCGACGCGGGCGGCAUUCUCAGACGACGGGUGGCUGCGCACGGGAGAUAUCCUGCGGCGGGACGGGAACGGGGAUUACUGGGUGACGGACCGGUUGAAGGAGAUGGUGAAGUACAAGGGGUUUCAGGUGGCACCGUCGGAGUUGGAGGAUCUGCUGCUGGGGCAUCCGGACGUAGUGGACGCGGCGGUGUGCGGGGUGUAUGUGGAGGCGGAGGCGACGGAGGUUCCGGUGGCAUAUGUGAGUUUGGUGGAGGGAAAGGCGGGGGUGGUGGGAGAGGAGAGGAGGAGGGUGUUGGAGGGGAUACGGGGGUGGUUGGAUGGGAGGGUAGGGGGAUAUAAGAGGUUGAGAGGGGGGGUGCAUCAUUUGCAGGAGUUGCCAAAGACGCCGAGUGGGAAGAUCUUGAGGAGGGAGUUGCCGGCGAAGGUGAAGGCGGCGAGGAUGGCGAAGCUGUAG